GAGAUGCAUUACUGCAGCACACGUUCAGGAGUUCAGGGCUGCAGCUUCAGAGAUGUGCUGUUCUCUGGAUACGCUGCAGAUGGGGGGAUGUUCAUGCCUGAAACAUUGCCAUCACUGAGUCCAGAAACACUGAGAUCCUGGAGAUCAUUCACUUACCAGCAGCUGCUGUAUGAGAUCUGCUCGCUCUUCAUACCUCAGCAUGAAAUCCCACCACAGCACCUGGAGGAGCUCAUUUCACAGGCAAUGUCUAAGUUCUCCAUUCCAGACGCGGUGAGAAUAGUUCAACUCAAAGACUCCCUGUCCGUCCUGGAGUUAUUUCACGGUGAGACACUGGCAUUUAAAGAUCUGUCCAUGUCUUGCACGGCCCGCUUUCUGGAAUAUUUCUUGCGCAAAGAGAACGACCAUGCCACAAUACUAGUAGGUACGUCCGGUGACACAGGCAGCUCGGCCAUCAGGAGUGUUUUUGACAUCAGUGAGGUGGACGUUGUGGUGGUGUUUCCCCGUGGACGCAUCAGCAGCGUGCAGGAGAGACAGAUGACCACCAGCAGAGCAGACAACAUCCAUGUGUUUGCAGCGGACGGGACGUCUGAUGACAUUGACGUGCAAUUGCGGAAACUGUUUGCUGACGUGGAUUUGGUGGAGCGUCACGGCCUCAUGAGCCUGAACUCUGUGAACUGGUCCAGAAUCUUGGUGCAGCUGGCACACUUCCUGUACGCAUACCUGCAGCUGAGCGCACUGGACGCAGACACGCUGCCAGUGCUGGAGGUGCUGGUGCCCACUGGAGGUGCUGGGAACAUCACUGCUGGAUUGAUUGUGAAGCUGAUGGGAGUUCCUCUUCAGCUCGUUGCCAUGACGAACUCCAACGACAUCCUCCGGCGUACGGUCGAGAGUGGUGAUUUCUCCAUGGCGAGUGCCGUCAGACGAACCCUCGCUCCAGCCAUUGACAUUCAGGACCCAUACAACAUGGAGCGAGUGUUCUGGCUGCUGUCUGCCAAGGAUGGCUUGAUGGUGAAGAACAUGAUGGAGACGUUUCAGAAGACACACGCACUCUCUCUCUCCAUGUCACUCCAUAAACAGUUGUGUGCAGUGUUGUCUUCGGGUUCAGUGUCUGAUGAUGGAAUACUGGACACCAUGAGGAGAUGCUGGCAGGACAAUCGUUAUCUGCUCUGUCCUCAUACUGCUGUAGGCGUCUGGUACCACUAUAACUGCCCCAUCACAGCAGGACAAAAGAGAUGUUGCAUAGCGACUGCGUCGCCAGCCAAGUUUUGUGAAGCGGUGCAGAAGGCUGGUUUGACCCUUGACCUCCCUGAAGCGUUGCAGGUGUUAGAGUCGCUGGAGACCCGUUAUCAAGUUCUGGAAGAAUCGGACGACUGGGAGUCCAAACUGAGACAACACAUUGAGCUCAUCGGCUCCGUGAGACAGUGUGGAGAAACAUUUUACCCAGCAGGACGACUGACAUCUGAUGAGCCCAUUUAAAUUAUUAAAUGAAUGAUUCACCGCAGCUUUUUAAUCAGGCAUGUUCUGCUUUUUUCAGUCUUGUUAGGUAACAAAGCAGUGAAUUCUUCCUUGGCAGUUUGUUCAAUUUGAGUGAAAUUUGGUGUAAAUAAUUUAGAGACAAAUAAGGUUCUCUUGAGAAUUUGGAUUUGUUUGGUCAUUUUUCAUGCAUAGUGUUCAAGCAAUGUCCAAAACUUCACAAAGUACUCGUACAACUCAAUCUGAGGACACGUUUCAUCAGUUUGCAGUGAUAGGAGACGCUGUAACUUGGUUUGCUGCCCAUUCUUAAUAAUGUGGAUGUCCUGUAUUUAAAGGGCUCAUGACAUGCCUUUUUCUAUUAUUUUAAUGUUCCUUGAGGUUCACUUAUUAUAUUAGUAACUUUUUUGCACUAAAGAAUCAGUCAUAUAUUUGUAAAACAUGAUCAUUUUUCACUGUCAUUCUGACUGUCAGAUACAAAUUGCUGCUUCUCCUUUAAGACUUGACAGUACACGCCCACUGUCUCUCUGCUCUUGACUGAGCUGCCAUCUCACUGCUCAUUUCUACUGGGCGGGGCUACGGAGGUGAUAAGGUAAAGUAGGCUUUAUAUGUUGAUAUGUUGUUGUGGAGGCGGUCAGAUGUAAAUGUCUACUCCAGUGUGACAUCACAAUGUGGAGGAAGUAGUGGUGGGAAUUACAUGGUGACUGGUGACACAAUAUAAUAUCGAUAUCUAGGUCACGAUACAACAAUUGCGAAUUUCUUUAUUUUUAGACUAUUGCAAUUCAAAACUGCCAUAAAUUGCAAUAUUUCUCAUAUUUUACUCACCGUCUUUCAUUCUUAUUCAUAGGACUUCAGAAUAUUGUUGCAAAAUCACCAAAUGCAUUAUUAUUAUAUAAAUAUAAAAGUGUCUCAAAUAAAUUAAAAGUAAACCAUUUAUUUGUGAAGAUAAACAAUACGGACCCUCAAAUUAUUUGAGCGAUUCACUAAAGAAUCAGACUUAUUUGAGUCAAUUGCAGAUCUCUGUUUGUGAUAGGAUGUGACAUUACUCCGUCACUUAAAUAUUAUUCUAAUUUGUACUAUAUUAUUAUUGUUGUUAUUAUUGUUAAUAAUAAUAUAGUUAUAUUACACUCUAAAACCCUCUGGCUUUUAUAUUUGCGUAACUGCAGGAAGAACUUGGAGCUUCUGUCUGUAGGCUAGUUAACAGAAGUUUUAAUAUGCUUCCCAAUAGUGUGCUGUGUGUGUGUGUGUGUGUGUGUGUGUGUGUGUGUGUGUGUGUGUGUGUCAACAACAGAGCAUUGCCAAUUCCCUGAAACGCACUGCACAUACAGACAGUAUUUUUCCCUUUAAAAGCAUCCAUCACAAAAGUAUUGUUUGGCUUCAAGAGACUUUGAAUAUAAUGCAAGAGGUCAUAUGGACUACCUUAAGAGUGCUUUUCAUGACACACAAUACCAGAGCACUGGAAUGACCAACAGAGUGAUCACUUUACAACUGAUAAUAAGGACUUAAAUGAUGAACAUAAAUAAAAAAACAUUUCUGGACCAAAAUGUUGCCAAACUCUGAAUUUGAAAGAAGAAGGGAGAUUUUGAAGUCUCUAUUGUUGUGGGUGUCAUCAAAGGAGUUCCGUUCUGUCUCAGCGGUACAUCAUAAUAACUGCGCCAUCUCUAGAAGGAAGUGGAGAAUGAGUGGAGAGUGCUAUUUUUUUCCAAUGAGGAGAAUGUUUUGAGUUCCGAAACGUACAGAAUGUUUUUAUAGUACACUUACGUGUCAAAAGAUCAAGGAAAAAUGUUAUUCCUCAUGUCAUGACCCCUUUAAAGAUGAUUAAAGGGGCAGUCAAACUAGGCUUUGAGCACCAAUGGAGCAGGAUAUGAUGUCAAUCGGGAGGGCUUCUGGUGUAAGUAAAUAAAACAGCACAAAUAACAAAUAAUAUUAUAUUAAAAAAGUUCAACUUCUAUUGUUCACGUCCUCUCAUUGUACGAAUUCAAGGUUCAGAGUUCACCAAAUUUGAACUUUGGUACACAGCGUUGUACAGAAUUUCUUCAUGAUCUUGCGUUUCCUAUCUCCUGCACUUGGAGGCAUUUGAACGGUAGUGUAUGGAGCACAAGGUUUAGUGAUUCGUUCUGUGUUUUCCAACACAUCGUUUAAUACACUAAAUAGAGCUCAACUGGAAGCCUGUGGCUGAUUUAUACAUUUUUUUUGUAUCCGUCCCUAUGCUUGAUUUUGAUGAAAUCACUGUGCAAUCUGAUGAAUCUCACUUUGUACUUUAGGUAUGCAGGUGAGAAGUAUGUAUACAUUUCAAACACUUUUCUAAUCUUCUUGUACUUUGAUGAUUCCCCCUUGCAGCAGAUGUAUAUUUCAUGAAGCUACUGUAGAUGUCUGUGUUUAACAUGAUCUCUGUUCAUUGACAGUUCUGAAUAAA